AUGGCCAUGUGCAACUUUCUGGCAGCUGGCCCGACUAUUGCCAUAGUUGAUACCGCUCUUGACUUUUUCCCUGAUGCCAUGAAGACUCACUCCCUUAUGAGUUCGGCCAUUCCUAAAACGGCGUACUUCUUCACAACCACCGCCCUGCUACAAGGGACAGGAAAUUUAUUCUGGGUACCAAUGGCCAACAAAUGGGGGCGCCGGCCAGUGUACAUCCUCAGUUAUCUCAUUUACUUUGGGACGGCUGUCUGGCUCAUUUUCGACAAGUCGUACGGUGGAUUCCUGGCAGCGCGAAUAUUGAUGGGGUUCGGUGCUGGCGCCGCUGAAACGAUUGCCCCGAUUUCCAUUGCCGACAUCUUUUUCCUUCACCAAAGAGGACGCAUCAUGUCAUCAUACACAUGCUUCCUUUCCAUUGGAGUUGCCAUCGGCCUGGUUAUAUCUGGACUGAUCACCAUUGAUCAUGAUUGGCGAACCAUUUACCAGGUUGGCUCUGCUUUGGUUGGAUUGGUUCUCUUGCUGGCAAUCUUCACGUUCCCUGAGACAGCAUAUCCCCGAGAUAAGCUUGCUGACAAGCACGAAUCGGGCUCAGGCGACGAGAUCCAGUCUCAGAGCCCCCCUUCCCCUUCUGAUGUUGAAGCAACCUCGAAGUCUGUCCCAAAGAAGCACACAUAUCUCCAAUCACUCAAGAUCUCUAGUGGCACACUGACCACUGAGAACUUUUUUAAGAUGAUGAUUCGCCCUUUUGGUCUCAUUCUGCUUCCAUCCGUUCUGUGGGCUGCCCUUGUUCAAGCAGCCACUAUUGGUUUUCUCGUUGCCGUCACGUCCAAUGUUGAUCCUGCUUUUGAACAGACGUACCAUUUCAAGCCUUAUCAGGUGGGACUGUGCUUCAUAUCUGCUAUCAUUGGGUCAUUGCUCGGUUUACCAGCUGGUGGACAUUUGGGUGAUAUUGUUGCGGAUUACCUUACCAAACGAAAUGGCGGAAUUCGCGAGCCCGAGAUGAGACUCCCAGCCAUUAUGAUAUCUGCCAUAACUUCCCCAUUGGCAUUAGUCCUGUUUGGAGUCGGCAUCGAACACAAAUUGCAUUGGAUAUGCCCAACAAUAGGGCUCGUAUACGUCAUCGACGCAUAUCGACCCGUGGCUGGUGAAGUUACUCUAGCCGUGAUGGCCCUCUUUGGUUUCUUACUUUCGUUUGAGACAAACCCUUGGAUCAAUAAGAGCGGUUAUCAAAAUGCCUAUGGAGCUAUGGCCGGGAUCUCUGCAGCUGUUCUCAUUUUGUGGAUUCCUUUGUAUUUUUGGGGUAAGAAGAUUCGACAUGCGACUUGGAAAUGGCGUAUUUUGUCGUUUAUACAUUGGAACGAUGAUCGUGAGGUUGGGGAAUAG